AUGAAAGUCAUUUGCCAGCUGUCGGCCCAGCGUGUGGCGCUGCAAGUCCGGCGGUACGGGAAGGCCAGUGAGUCCGUCCCCCCCUUCAUCGAGGAGCUGGUGGUGCGCAGAGAGCUGACGGAUAACUUCUGCUUCUACAACGAGAAGUACGACAGCGUGGAAGGGGCGUACGCGUGGGCUCAGAAGACGCUGCAGGAUCAUGCCGGAGACAAGAGGGAGUAUCUGUACACGCGGGAGCAGCUGGAGAAGGCCCAGACGCAUGACAAGCUGUGGAACGGUGCUCAGUAUCAAAUGGUGACGGAGGGGAAGAUGCACGGCUUCUUGAGGAUGUACUGGGCCAAGAAGAUUCUGGAGUGGACCCGCUCGCCAGAGGAGGCUCUCUCCAUCGCUCUGUACCUGAACGACCGCUACGAGCUGGACGGCCAGGACCCCAACGGCUUCGUGGGGUGCAUGUGGUCCAUCUGCGGCAUCCACGACCAGGGCUGGGCAGAGAGGCCCGUUUUCGGGAAAAUCCGCUUCAUGAACUACAAAGGCUGCCUUCGGAAGUUUAAGGUGGCCGAGUUUGAGAGGAAGUACUGUCCUAAGAAGCUGUGAGGCUCCUCCAGGACGUGUUGUCUCACCUCAGGGAGCUUCUCCACCACCUCCAGCAGUGCAGGCCUUACGCUUUGCAUUAUUAGUCUUAUUGAUAUUCGUCCACUCCCAUCACCACUGGAAGCUGUUUGUGGAAGUUGGAGAAACGUUUGUUGUUUCACUUGUUUAACCUGUACAUGCUUUUUUUUAUAUCAGCUAUAUUUGGAUGGGAAAUGUUUUUAUCAUUUUUAUGUCUUUUCUACUACUCCAGUAGCCGUUAUUGUUACAAAUAAAAUAUUAUUGGAUUAAAAACGGGUAAAUGCCCACCAACCUGAUGGAGUUACUUUCUGUUUACAGUUUUCUCAAUACAAUUGAAUAAAACCUGAACUACAACAUGUAAAACUUCAGGAGACUCUUAUUUGAGCUGAACUCAGAUUAACUUACAAGUUUAAAUACGGCCUCCUCUGAGCUACUCUCAUAUGGAAGC